AUGAAUUUCAGCAAAGCUUUACGGUGAGAUGUUAAUGGUUUUUGACAACUCACAAUAUAAUUUAAAAAGAAAAUGUAUGCAUCCUGAAUUUCCUCGGUAAUUUUUCUUCAUUCCUUAAAGAACCAUAAAAAUUUAGUGUUGGAAUACAUACAGUAAGAGUUUUCAACCAAAGCUUCAAUCAUCGGUUUUGAAGCCAGUUGGUGAACAUAAAUGUUUAUUAUGGGUGACAAAUCUGAUGACGAUUUGGACGAAAUUGACUUGUCAGAAAAGAUAAAGCAGUUAGAACGAGAGAAAGAACGUCUUGAGAGGAGGAAUAUGAAGAAGAAAUACGCGGAGUUAAGUAGGUCAGUUGGUCAGCUACGGAGAAGUACAGAGUACGAACCUCAUUCCUCAAGUAUCAGUCCCUCCCGUGACAAAAAUCACCCAAACAGAGCAGCAGUCAAGGAAUCAGUGGACAAUGACUUUGGCAGCCUUCUCUCAGAGCAGAGAGACAGACUGCGUAUGCUUCAGAGGCAGUCAGGGGAGUGCGCCAGUGGGGGGAAUCAACCCCGGGGCAGAGAUCUUGACCAAUCGGAUUCAGACUCUGAGGAGAGAAGGAACUUAGAUACAGUCAUGUCAAAAGAACACAAACAGAAACUACAGCUUCACAGGGACACACUGGUAGAGAACAUGACCCCAGAGGACAUCUUUAAUGACCUCAUAGCAAGCCAGGUCAUCUCCACAGCAGAUGUCAGUAGAAUAAAAGAGAAAAUGACAAGAGAAGCAAUGAAUGAAGAACUAUUAAAUAACCUGAUUCGCAGGUCAGACAGAGCAUAUUAUGAAUUUGUCAAGUCACUGCGAAAAACCUUACAGGGUCAUCUGGCUGAUUUACUGGAUGAAUCCUCCACACGACAAAGGCGUACACCAAAACGUAAACGACAAACAGGGGAGAUAAACAUUGCAGUAGAUGUUGAGGAUAUAUCCCCAGCCCCAGGUAGGAAAAAGCCUACCUGCUCCUGCGGAGAAGUGGAGGAGCAGAUCCUUAUCAUGGCAAAAACAGCCUACAAGGCCAUCCGCAGGAGGGACAACACACCUGCCUCAUUUGAACAAUUCAAGAAAGAACUUUCACAGACCAACGAAAUUGUUAAAGAAAGCAUGGAAAUCAUGCACACAUUAAAAAUUCUAUGCAAGCAUGGAGACUUGGAUAUUUCUUAUGGAAGUGUUAUUUUCAGCAUCCGGUGCAAUUCCUUGAUGUGCAUUCAAGAGAUUUGGAUGAUGUAUAAAUCUGGGUCUUUGCAGAGUUUGUUGCAAAGAACUUUUGUGACUAGGAGUUUACUAAGGAUUUGUAGUGUUAAGUCUGUGAGGCUAAGAGUGCAGAUUUCAGAAACGGAGUAUAAAAAAUGUCUCAGGGAAAUAGGUGGCAGAGAAUCGAAGACUUUGAAAUCAUGUCGAGUCUUAAGGAGUGCUAGUCAAAUGUCUGAAAAUGUGGUUCCUCAAGCAAAGAACAGAUCUCCGUACUUUGAUUCCAGCAGCAGAAAAAGAAAGGCUUUCACAGAAAUAGAGAAAAACACCUGUGACAGUCCUUGUACCCAGAGCCAGAAGAUCUCUCCAGAGUUAUGUCCCUUGUAUAGCCUUAGAUCCCAAGCCGGUUACACAUGACAUUUAAUGUGACAAAGCCCAAACCACUUUUAUCUGAAUUCAGUGUUAUUUUGAAUUUACAGCCAUAUAUUUUUCAGUGUCAUUUUGAAUUUAUGAAAGUGCAUGAAUAAGUUAUAUAAAUUCAUUUUCAUAAAAUCCAGAUCACUAUUUAAUAUCUAAACUCGGUGUCAUUUUGAAUUCACAAUAAAAUUCAUUUCCAUAUAGCCCAGAUCACUAUUAUCAGAAUUCAAUGUUAUUUUAAAGAAGCCAACUUUAUUAUCAAUUGCAAAAUGCAAACCAUGCAGAGAAGGAAAUAUUCUAAAUUAUACUGGUAAGUAAUGUUAGAAUCUAGAGUUUUUAUCCAAGUUUUUAAUUGUUAAUUUUUAAAGCCUCUCUUUUAACACCUUGUUAAUGAGUAUUUCAUCCAUAUCUCCUUAGAAAUUUGAAAUAUUUCAAGACACCAGAACACAAGAGUUCAAAUUUAAGAUACUUUCUUCUAGUGAUGGGCAUAUCAAAUUCCAGCUUGAAUAUUUAGAAAAAUAGAGCCACGUAUGAAGAUUGUUUUACAUUGAUAUUAAUAGAAUAACAACACAUACAGUUGCGUUUAUGUGCAUUUUCCAUGCUCAGCUUCCUUAUUGUGUAUUAAUUCAAUUGUUGAUUAUUUAUUUAUGGUUAUUGUUUUUCAAGCCAUGGCUAUCCCCCUCCCCAAUAAACCUUUAGUAGAAAUACAAUUAUUAUAGUCGUAACUGGUAUUUAAUACACAUAUUGCAUUGCAUACUGAGUCUGAAUAGUUUGCAAAUGUCACCAUAAGAAAAUGAUAAAUCAGAAAGUUCUAGAACAAGAAUUUUACAUGAUAAUUUAGUUGUAUAGAUUUUGGACCAGACUUUUUUAUUUAUAUUCAAGUCUGAAAAAAAAAAAAACCAUAUUGAUUGAAAUGUGCACCUAAGAUUCCCAUUCCUUUAAGCUGGUUGGAGUUAUCUAGUAUAUAUUGAUACAUCCUUAAAAAUACAUGUACAGUGUAUUAAAUUAUAUAUUAUAUUAUUGCCAAUGAAAGUAUAAAGUGUGAUUCUUAAGAAUAACAAAAUAAAUUCUGAGGUGAAUACAUUUAUUGUCUUCAUCAAAUUUUACGUGUACAUGCGUGUACCAUUGUUUCACUUUUUAUUCAACAUUUAUUUUCUGAAUAUUAUACCCAGUCACUGUGUCAAAGCUAUGUUAAUUAGCAGUCAAGAGUAUUUGAAAACUUCAAAAUGUGAUUAGUGAAAAUUAUAAUAAGACUUUUAACCUUUUUAAGUGAAUACAGUGUCAAAAUAGAUAUUACUUAUUUGUCAUGGUUUCUAUUGAGGAAGUAAUUGUUGAUUCACAGUAUUAAAACAAUUUUUUUACUGUUAGUAUGGGAAAGCAAGAAAAAGUGUACAUAUGUGGUACUGACUUCACUAUAAUUGUAAAUUGAAUUAAAGAUUUGGAUUUCAGUUAAAAUUAUUCAAGUUUUCUAAAAUCCUUCAGCAUGAGUUGUAGAGAUAAGCCCUUAUUUAAUAUAGGAGCACUUUAAUCAUUUCAGGCGACCUAAAUUUUGUCCUCAUAUUGAUAUGCACACACCAUGUAUAUCCUGUGUAUGCACUUUAUUAUCUAAGAUAAAAUGUACAAGGACUUUAAAUCUGUGCUCCCUUGAACCGUCUAUUUUUAAGCUGAAGUGAACACAUCAAGUUAAGUAGGUCAAAUGUACUGUUUUUGAGGUAAAGAUCUGGCAUUAUUUCAAUGAGCCAAAUUGUCAGUUUUGAAGCUUUCUUUUUCAUGAAGAUAAAAUAAUUUUUGAGUAUAUGAAAGGAGAUUGUGAACACAGUGGAAUGACUGUAUAAUAUAUUUUUUUUGUCACAGAUUAUUUUGUGACAAACUGAUACAGCACAUGAGUUUUUAAGUGCUUAAACUGAUAAAAAUUUCCUGCGUACUAAAAUAUACAGGAAGGUUACUUCUGAUCAUGAGCAAACAUGAUUUUUAUGUCUUAGCAGUGCAUUUAUUUUUAAAAGUUGUGCAUUUUAUAAAUGUGUUCAAGAGUAUUUAUUGUUAAUGUAUUAAUGAAG